AUGUCUCAGGUAAUUUUAUACCUGUUGACUGAGCUUUCAAGAAAGCUAAAGCAACUGAUGUUCGGACCUGAUGCAAGAUCGGGUUUAAAACAAGAAGCUAAUGGAACCGAUGUUCUUGAUGGCACAGCUGACCCGGCGGCCGGCAAAAGAGAAGCAUUUGGGCGAUCUCGCCUUCCAACUAUGGUGAAUGUUGAUGGCUUUGGGCAGUGCAUUGCUGUUUUAACAAGCGGUGGAGAUGCACAGGGUAGGAAAAAAUAUCUUAUUCCUGCGGAUUUGUUGAAAGAUUUGUUUUCGAGCUCACAAAUUAAUUAAAAAUAUGAGCGCCGCUGCAUAUUUGGUCCAGUCAAUAUGCGACUGUUCAAGUGUAUGUACUCUUCAAAUAAACAUCAUUCUUUUCGCUCGUACUGCAAGGAACAGAGAGCACGGGGUAUUACUUAUAACAAUUAAUUUCUUAUAUUUGAAUUUUGUGUUAUUGCCAUUUAAAUAAGUAAUGAUCAAGGAAAGAAAGACUAAACGGCUUGUACCGGAAGGCUUGUUUAAUAAAAUUAUGUACUGCCACUUAGUUCCGAGUUCCUCUCAGUUGCUUUCGCUGUUUUGAAUUUCUCAUCACGGGAGAAUUAUUUUGGACUUUGUGACAUAAAUGUUACAUUGUAUACGCCUGUUUUAGAGGUGCCGUUCCACAUUUUGCUUCUGUUGAUGCUAUUUAGCUCUAUUUGUUCAAACAUACAUUAGUUUAGUCUGUCUCACUAAUGCAAAUUUAUGUGCAGUUUAUUUUUAGCUAGAAAUGUAACGCUACCUAAAACAUUAAUAAAUUCAUGUCUAAACUUAAAGCAAAGUUUAAAAUAUCACUUUUUAAGAUAUAAUAAUCAAAAUCUGUAUCAUGUUAGGAAAUCAAAUUCUAAUACCAUCUGAUCAUAUUAUAAUCAGGUAUGAAUGCAGCUAUCAGAGCUGUAGUACGAAUGGGACUUUAUGCAGGAGCCAGAGUCUUCACUGUAUGGGAGGUAUGUGAAUUCUGAGGCUGGCCAGUUAUUCAACCAUCGUCAAUGUCAUUAUCGACAUCACCUGCACCAGCAUCAUCACAGAUAGGGGUGUGCUCCGGCAGUAGCUGGUAGCCCCGUGGACCUUACUUUUGCUUGUCAGUGACAAGGCAAUUCUAUUAUUAUUAUUUUUUUCAAUCAUUUGCUGGGUACCCUGGGUUUCACAAGCUCAAAGCACAGUACUCUCUUCAAGUUUUCUUUGCAUUUAUCAUCACUCACCAUUGUCAUUGUCUUGUCAUUGCCAUCGUCAUCAUCAUCAUCAUCAUCAUCAUCAUUGCUGUUACCAUCAUGGUCAUAGGCAUCGUUAUUAUCAUCGUCGCUGUCAUCAGGUGCCAUCACCAUGUCCAUUGUAGUCAUCAUCAUCAUCAUCAUCAUCAUCAUCAUCAUCAUCAUCAUCAUCAUCAUCAUCAUGUUUAAUUAAUGUAAAAAAACCACUGCAAAAACCAUGUACGAUCAAUCUUGCUCAAUGUCGGAUCCAAAAAAAUCGUGAUCAGUCAAAGUAGAUCAAAUUGAAAACGUUACAGCCAAGAAGACUUUAGCAGGGACUGAUCAGACAACAUGAAAUACAUGUACAGUUUAGUUGAGUUUAGUUUAGUUGGCCAGUCGAUAUAUGGCAACUAAACUCUAUUUCACGUUGUUUGAUCAGUCCAUGCUAAAGUCUUCUUGACUGUAAUGUUUUCAAUCAUCAUCAUCUUCAUUGUCAUUGUCGUCAUCGUUAUCAUUAUCAUCAUCAUCAUUGUUAUUAUUAUCAUCAUCAACAUAAUUAUCACUAUCACAGUUACUAUCAUUUUCACUGCUAUUAUUAUGAUCAUGGCCAUCAUUACUUUAGUCCAUGCAGUAUACGUACUACAUAUAUAUAGACCAUUAAAGCAUUCUCUCUCAGACUUUUCUUUCAUUGGCUGAUGCCUUUACCGCACCCUGACUCAGAAAUAAAGUUGUCUCUUGUUGUUGUUACCAGUUUGUACCUGCCUAACCUAUUAAAGAGUUGUAGUUGUACAGUGUAUCUACCCAAACCAGUUAAUCUUGUUGUUGUUUAAAAACACAGGGAUACCAAGGUCUUGUUGAUGGCGGCGACAACAUCAAGGAAGUUCAGUGGGAAGAAAUGUCUGGAAUUAUUGAAUUGGUAUGAAUCAGUCCAAGACAAAUUUAAAUUCCCUCUGGCAGUUUUAAUUAAUGAUGACCAUUGUUAAAUGCUUAACAUUGCCCUUUAAUUUGUACCAUUAUUAUAGAGUGCCUGCGUCAACAAUCAAAUGUCAAAAUGCUUGGCUCUAAGCAACACUGUACUGUGCUUUCAAGUUUCACGUGAUUAAUGGUCAAAACAUCUAUGAUCAGAUUAUGAGUGAUAAAAUGUCUAAACACGCACAAUCAGAUUACGAGUGAUGGAAGAUAUCUAAACACGUGCGAUCAGAUUGUUUUCUGUUUGCAUUCUAUUCAUUCUUAGAGGAAGUCCAAAUGAAGCUAGCUAUAUAACUGUAUGUGUUGUGUAUGUGAAUAGUAACCUGGAGAUAAGGAAUUCUCUUGUCGCUCGUGAUAAUCAUUGAUUUUUGACAAUAAUAUUGUAUAAUGUCUUCUUGCAGGGCUAUCAUUAAUAGGUGGGGGCCAGGGUUUUUCCCUGGCUACUAUAAUUAAUGUGACCUCCAGCUUCUUUCAUAGGAAAAUGGAAGAAAAAUACAACCAAAAGAAAUCCCUAGCUUUUUGAUUCGUGGCCCACUUGAUGUAUUUACCCAGCACCUUGAAAUCUUAGUAACAUCCCUGUACUUGACUUAAAAUAAUAAAUCAAACAGCUGUAAUCAACAAAAUAAUAUAUUUCCAUGUGGCAUUGAUGUAUUGUAUUUCCAGGGCGGGACAGUGAUUGGUAGUGCCAGAUGCCAGGAUUUCAGAAACCGAUGGGGACGUCUGAAAGCGGCAAAAAACAUGGUAACAUUGGGAAUUACCAAUUUGGUAAGUGGAAUCAUGUGUUUUAAAUGAUGCACUAUUUUUUUAUCGGGUGCUUUAAAGGCAUGUUUAAUUUGUGAUUACGUACUCCACAGAAACGUGUUGACCAUGAUUAUGUCAGUUGCAUGUGUGCCAUGUGGGAUUUAAAUAAUUGAAUGCUUUUUAUGGAGGUUAGCCUCAAGAUCGAGUUUCCCAAUGUUGUUUAUACAGUCAAACUUGGUGACCCGUUAUGGAGAGGAUUGACAUGUCAAUGACUUGUUGCAACUAGUUAUUUGAUCUUGGGUAUACUGUGUAACAGUUAAAUCAGUAUGUACCUAAUUAUAAUGCAUUUGAUCAUUUUUUUUUUCUAAUUUAGGUUGUCAUUGGAGGAGAUGGUAGUUUAACAGGUGCUAAUUUGUUUAGGCAGGAGUGGCCAGAGCUUGUGAAAGAACUAGAGGACACUGGUAAUUUAUAGUGUAGUUAAUAAAACUAAUGAAAUAUUUCAAAAAUGUUUUAUUUAGUUACAAAUGUAUGACCUGUCACACUGGACACCAGUAUAUGUGAGCAAACUGCACUUAAUACAAAACGACAACUUAAACACAUUCACUGGAACAUAAUUUAAGUAAUAAUCUACGUGAUAAUUGAUUGGCUCUAUCCUCUUGACAUUAACAACUUUCCAGAAAUAUUUCUGGUGUUGACAGGUUUUCUUAAACCCAGGAGGUUAACUGGGGUGCAGUGAGACUAAGUCAUUAAAUAUAUAUAUAUAUAUAUGUUAAUUUUCCUUGAUUUCAGCUGAUAAUUUUUAAUUUUAUGUAUAAAUAAUAAUAAUAAACUAAUAAAUAAGUAUGAAUUAAUUUACUGGACUUUUAUGAAUGACCUUCGCAGGUGCAGUUUCCAAAGAAGUAGCAAGCAAAAACAAUUCUCUUAACAUUGUUGGAAUGGUAUGAUCUGAUUAUUGUUUACCUGCACUGUGUAAGAAAUUAUUAUACUUUGGUGUAAUUUUAUCCUCGGUAAAUUUUGUAAAUUUUCUUUUCUUUUGUUUUAAACUUACGGUAAACUUUUUUUUUUUGCCAUCUGAUGACACUCAACAAAAAUUCAACAGAAGGAAAUAAAAGUUAAACCAAAGGUUAAAUCUUAACUGCAACAGUAAAUUAACACUUAACUUCUAGUUCUGGCCCAAUAAAUUGACUAAUUCAUAGCGCAGUGCAGUUAAGCCCUGCUUUACAAACACCCGCUUAAUACAGACACUCCAUUAUUUUGUGGACAGUUUGAACUGUCCCCAAAGAAAGAAAUCCAGCUUACAUUUUGUCUAAAUUGUCUUAAUGCAGACACCCUAUUAAAUACACCGGAUACUUUCUACGGUCCACUCAAUUCGCAUAUUAACUUGGCUUGACUGUAGUUAUAGUGUAUCAAUUUUAUGAUUAAAAUGUAGCAUAUUUAAUAAUAUUUAAAAUUGUGAUCAUGAUUUUUUUUUUCAAAAUUGAUUCGUGCAGGUUGGCUCCAUUGACAAUGAUUUCUGUGGCACAGACAUGACCAUUGGUGCCGAUACCGCUCUCCAUAGGAUCUUUGAGUCUGUUGACGCCAUUAUGACAACAGCGUCCAGGUUAAAACAAUAAAAGUUAUUGUCAUGAUGGCAGACAUGUUAAAGUUGAAAAUAUAUCCUUUGAGAUAUGUCACUUGACCUUGUCAAAGUGUUAGCAGGGAUGGAAAUUGAAAAUGAAGUCCUCGUCAUCAACUGUCUGUUGUAAAUAUAGAUUCUUAUUGUUAUUAUAAUAAUUACAGGUAUGGUUAUUAGAUUGAUUUUUGUUUCCUGUCAAUAAGUAUCAAAAUUAAUUAACACUUAUAAUAUUAUUCUGCAUUUAUUUAUUUAGUGACACAGUUUAGAAAAAUUUAUAACUCAAGGGUGUCAAUUAAUGAGCUCCCCCUCUCGAAUAAGCCCUUUCCUCUAAUAACCUCUAAUAAGAAGCCCCCCUCUCUUUUAAGCCCCCCCCCCCAUCUCCCCUCCCCUAAUUACUCUUCACUAAUAAAUGAGAGACUAUAUUAAUCAAUCACAAGACUGUAAAACUUUGUGUGGACUCAUCCGAGAUAGUUUAUUUACCAACUGAAAGCUCGGAUUUGAUACUGAUCCUCAGCUGUAUGACCUUCAACCUUCUUUUUCAUGAGCUUCUCCACUUUGUACUCUAGUUCUUUAUGGAGAACUGAUACCAUCAAUAAGCCCCGUGACUUAUAUUUUUCAGGGGCCCUUUUUGAGGGGCUUAUUAUUGGAGGGGCUUAUCUACAGAGGGAAAUUUGCGUUUCAAAAUCGAUUGGGCUAGCCUUAUAGUUGGAAGUGAACUUACUAUUUUUGCUUUGUUUUACUUUGUAUUUGAGGGCAAUUUUCCAAGUACAAGCCCCCGGGAGGCUUAUAUUUGGAGGGGGCAUUUAAUGGAGGGUUUUUUGUGUUACCAGUUUGGGGGGCUUAUAUUUGGAGGGGUUUAUACAUGCAGGGGCUCAUUUUCGGAAUUUUACGGUAUUGUCACAUUAUACAUACAUUUUUCUUUUCUUUUAUCAGCCACCAAAGAACAUUUGUCUUGGAAGUCAUGGGCCGACACUGUGGGUGAGUACAGUAUCUAAAUUUGCCAAUUUAAAUGUUUUAAAAAUAAAUUAUUAAUUCAGUUCUUUUUCGAUCAAUUCCAGUUAUGUAUCUUCAAAUCUGGCAUAAAAAUGUUGACAUUCUACCGCUGUACCCCACACAGUUCCUCAUAUCUCCUGUAUGUUGGUUUAACCUUUUUUGUCUUCAAUCUUGCCUCUUUUUACAGUUAUCUGGCUCUUGUAACUGGAUUAGGAGUUGGAGCAGAUUAUGUAAGUGCUUGAUGCAAUUAGCACUUUAGUGCUAAAUAAUCAGCGUUUAAAAAGGUCCCAAAGGGGGUUCAGGACAAGUAGAUUUUCGUACUGGGAAAGUAACUUUUUAAGAUUACUUAUGCCCAAUGGGUAAGAAUCCAGGCAAGUCCCUCUUGCAAAAUUUUAACUACAAUGUAAGACAAGGAAGAAGUGGUCUCAGGUGAGUUGGAAUUUACGUUUUUUUUAUGAGCCCUGAUUAAUGCUUAAAUUAAGUAUUCUAAUAAUUCAGACUUCAACAGAUACAAGCAAGUUUUAAAUUAACCUUUUAAGCCCCAAUAUCCACAUACCAAUUCUCCAAACUGAUCUCUAUACAUUUCCUUAAAGGAUGUGUUGAGAGAAUUUGAUAAAAGAUCAAAGCAUUUUCUCUGUAGUGAUUGUUUCAAUAAUUCUCAUAACCUUAUCUCUUGACAAUGUGUGGAUAUCAUUAGGAGAAAAUAGAUGUUGGUCACCAUUGGGGCUUAAAGAGUUAUGUGUUUCUGCUGUGCUUUGCAGGUUUUUAUUCCCGAGUGGCCUGUUGCAGAGGGCUGGGAAGACAGGAUGUGUAACCAUCUUAGAAAGGUGAGC